AUGGCUGACGUCGAGAUGGACGUGGACGAGCCUGGCUCUCCCCAGGCCACCCAGGCCAAGCUCGGUGACAUGCAGACCCAGGCGAAGGCGACGGCCGUCCGGUCAAUCGAGGGCUGGAUCAUCAUGGUGACCAAUGUCCACGAGGAGGCCGACGAGGAGGCCCUGCAGGACAAGUUUGGCGACUUUGGCGAGAUCAAAAACCUGCACAUGAACCUGGACCGACGAAGCGGUUAUGUCAAGGGAUACGCUUUAAUCGAGUACCCGACGUUGGCCGAGGCGAGAGCCGCCAUCGACGGCGCGCACGAGACCAAGCUUCUGGAUCAGACCAUCUACGUAGAUUUCGCCUUCGUCAGGCCGCCGCCAGGCAAGAACAACAAUAACAGAGGGCCUCGCCAGUCCCACCGUGCCCGUGGAGGACGCAGUCGAAGCCGUAGCCCCGAGGCCGGCAAGGACGACAAGGAAGACGAGGAGGUGCAGUGA